GCCUGGUGUUUGGUAUUUCAGAGGCUCAUGCGACUGCGGUAAUCACUGGUCUGGUUGUGAGGCUGAACAUGCAGUGGAAGAUUGACUACAGCAUCAGUUCAUCAUACCUCCACACGAGUCUCGUCAAGAACCUUACAGCCGCAUUGAAUCACAAAUUCUCUGCAUUAGAUGAUUUUACCACUGUAGCAAAUAUUGAAAUUAGACAAGGGUCAGUUCUUGUCUGGUUUGAAGCCCAGUUUGACUCAGAGCUUUCUACUGAAACAAAAAUGAAGGUUAUGCAGACUGUGUCCAAAAUGAAAGCAUCUGGUCUGACUGUUGGUGGAGUGCAUUAUUCUUCAGCAGAUAUAGUGGUCAAGAAUGGAACCUGUCCCAACAUGCAAGGGAUGGUGGGAGACUGUCAACAGAGAUGUCAGACUGACAGCAACUGUACUGGCGACAUGAAGUGUUGCAGCAAUGGCUGUGGCCACGUCUGUAUGCAUCCAGUAGUCAAACAUGAUCCCUGCAAGAAUGUCACCUGUCCAUCUGGAACAUCAUGUCAAGACCAGCAAGUACAGUGUGUCGUUCCUCCCUGUCAUCCAGUGGCUCUCUGUGUUGCUACGCCAUGCACUUCGCACUCUGACUGUCUAAAUGGCGGAUCGUGCUCUGAUGGAAAAUGUUUUUGCUUUGGUCCUUAUUCUGGAUCCAGAUGUCAGUAUGAGUCAGUGGUAAAGAAUGGGAGCUGUCCUAAUGUGACGGGAAUAGUGGGAACUUGUGUUAGUAGAUGUCAAACUGACAACAACUGUACUGGCAACAUGAAGUGUUGCAGCAACGGCUGUGGCCACGUCUGUAUGCAGCCAGUAGUCAAACAUGAUCCCUGCAAGAAUGUCACGUGUCCUUCUGGAAAAACAUGUCGACCACAGCAAGUACAGUGUUUCAGGGCUCCCUGUUAUCCAGUAGCUCAGUGUGUUGGUACACCAUGCACUACAUUUCCAUACGAACCCUACACGGACUGUCAAAAUGGUGGUUCCUGCGCUAAUGGAAAAUGUUUUUGUUUCGGUCCUUAUUAUGGAGACAGAUGUCAGUUAGUGGUCAAGAAUGGAACCUGUCCCAACAUGCAAGGGAUGGUGGGAGACUGUCAACAGAGAUGUCAAACUGACAGCAACUGUACUGGCGACAUGAAGUGUUGCAGCAAUGGCUGUGGCCACGUCUGUAUGCAUCCAGUAGUCAAACAUGAUCCCUGCAAGAAUGUCACGUGUCCUUCUGGAAAAACAUGUCGACCACAGCAAGUACAGUGUUUCAGGGCUCCCUGUUAUCCAGUAGCUCAGUGUGUUGCUACCCCAUGCACUGUGUUUCCAUAUGAACCCUAUUCAGACUGUCAAAAUGGUGGUUCAUGCUUUAGUGGAAAAUGUGAAUGUUUCGGCCUGUAUUAUGGAGACAGAUGUCAGUAUGAAGCAGUGGUCAAGAAUGGAACCUGUCCCAACAUGCAAGGGAUGGUGGGAGACUGUCAACAGAGAUGUCAGACUGACAGCAACUGUACUGGCGACAUGAAGUGUUGCAGCAACGGCUGUGGCCACGUCUGUAUGCAUCCAGUAGUCAAACGUGAUCCCUGCAAGAAUGUCAGCUGUCCUUUUGGAACAGUAUGUCGACCCCAGCAAGUAGAGUGCUUCACAACACCUUGUUAUCCCAUAGCCCAGUGUGUUAGUGAAAAGGGUUGCAACUCUUCAAUGGAUUGCAUGAAUGGAGGGUCAUGUGAUAAUGGUAAAUGCCAAUGCUAUAAGAAGUAUUAUGGAGAUCGAUGUGAACAAGCCUUAACGGAUAUAUCAGUCUGUGAGAGCAAUUUGGACUGCUACAAUGGAGGACAGUGCUUGCAGGGUAGAUGCGCCUGUAAAGCUUCCUUUUAUGGCUACGGUUGCCUACUGACAAGCAAUUUCACCGCCAUAAAUUGCCAAGAAACGCUGUGCGAAAAUGGAGGCAGCUGCUAUGGGAGUUCUUGCUACUGUCCAGAUAGCUUCUUCGGAAAAACAUGUCAGUACAGUGUCCGUGAGGAUGUUGACACAUACCGUAAAUUCCGAUCUGAUUUGAAGAUUAACAUGCCCUGGCGGGAGUCGUUCCGAGAGCUGUCAGAUCACCAGAUUAUGAAAACCACCCUGGAGUCACAAUUACGACAAGUUUUCGCCAGUGUUCCUAAUUUUGACAGAGUUGAAAUAACCAGCUUCAGACCAGGAUCUGUCGUGGCAUACUAUACGGCACACUUCACUGAUGUCAUUGAUCAGGACUCUGUACUGUCAACAGCCAAAGCUCUGGACAACAUCACUGUGAAUUUCUUUGGAAUCAACUAUUCUGUAUUGCCACAUGAUGACUGCCGGUCAAGUCAACAUUCUUGUGUGAAUGGUGGCUGUAAGCUUUCAUCCAAUGGAACAUAUGAGUGUGUUUGUCAGCCUACUUUCACAGGAAAGAGUUGUGAUGAGAAUGUUUGCAGUGGGUUCAUGUGUAUGUAUGGAUUCCAGUGUUAUGUCACACACAUGGGAAAGCCAAGGUGUAACUGCUCCUAUGGUUUCGGUGAACACUGUGAAAAUGUUCCUUGUGGUUGUGAUCCUAAUUCUGAACGCUGCAUAAAGCGAGAUGUCUGUACAAAUGGUGAAUGUACGCCACAAGAAACCUGUGUUGCUCUGAAUUAUACUGGACCAUGUAUGUACAGCAAGUGUUUGUAUGGAGAAUGUGUCGAAACAGUGGACAGUGGAUCUUACUGCAAGUGCAUGGAUAAUUACAAGGGGGCUAUCUGUGAUACAAAGAAAUCUAUCUGUGACAUGUUGCCGGUAGAUGUGUGUGCGUAUUACGGCAGCAAAUGUGUGGGCGAUAUCAUGGAUGGAAGACUCUGCGAAUGUCCGUCUGGCAAACGGGGAGCCUUCUGUGAACUUGACGGAUACGCUACAACAAAAUGCCAGCGUCAGAGUGACCUCUACCAAACGGCCAUCAACAUUCUGAAUGGAACAUAUACUGUACCAUUAAUUCCAAAUGCAGCCCAAAUUGUUCGGACCAUGCUUCGUGGCACUUUCGGAUCAGAUUUCAUUCCGAAUAUGAAAUGUUUGGAGAAUGGGGAUUACGCACCCAUGCAGUGCAACGUGAACAUCUAUAGCAUGAAUACCACAGCUUGUUACUGCAUGAACAGUGAGGGGAUGCAGUUAACACAACGUGUUCCUGAUCCCAUGGGUUAUCCCGCUUGUACAGGCCCCUCUGUGUCACCGGUCGCCCAGGCUCUGUGUGGGGCUGCAUACUCUGAUGCUAUUUGUCUCAAUGGAGGAUCCUGUGUCGGUGACCUCAUGGGGUCACACCCCCGCCUCUGUCACUGUCGGGAAGGGUUCACCGGGGUUGUGUGUCAGCGCAGGCUAGAGAGCAAUGAGCAACCAGAAAACUUCACCAAGUGCACAUUAGGUUCAGACAUUUACAGAUUAAUGGAUGACAUAGUUCAUGGAAAAUUCAAGUUUGUCAUCACAGUUAGUGGAAUAAACAUUACAAUAACACCUGAUAUGAUCUUGAACCUGUUCAGAAUGUUUGGUGGAGGAACAUUAACCAAUUAUGCCACAACUGAACCUACCACUAUGCCAACAACUACGCCCUACUGGGAGGACUUGGAUGGUGGGUUUACGACAGCGACAACUACUGUAGAUGAAGGUCAGUUCAUGAACACGAAUGAUGAAGAUUAUUUCACAAAUACACCUUCUACAACUGUACCACCGCAGACAUGGGAAACUGGUGAUUGGUAUACGACACAAACAGUUCCCACAGUAACAAGUGACUCAGAUUAUUUCACAAAUACACCUUCUACAACUGUACCACCACAGACAUGGGAAACUGGUGAUUGGUAUACGACACAAACAGUUCCCACAGUAACAAGUGACUCAGAUUUCUCAACAACAACUUCCUAUCCAGAAACAUUUGCAACCACACCCAGCUAUAGUAGCAAUUCUACAAGUGAUGCUCAUACGUUUCUCAGUCGCUACGAGUGUACGCAUGAUGGCAAGUUCAAACCACUGCAGUGUGAGUACAACCUGCUGACCAAAGAACGCGGAGCCUGUCGGUGUGUCUACCAGAACGGAUCCAUAGUUCCUGGAAGCCGAUCGUGGUCCCCAGGAAAUCAUCACUGCAAAUCUGUGAUGCCUGACGAAUGUCCUAAGAUGAAGUGUUUUAUUACGUGCGAGCAUGGCUUCCUCCAAGAUCUUAAAGGCUGUGAUAUCUGCAUGUGUCGUAAACCUUGUCAUGGUAAAAUGUGUGGUAUGGGCCAGCGCUGUGUUAAUGAAACAUCCUACGACAGGAUGCGAUGCAAUGAAAGAUAUUCGUGCCAAGUACCUGUAUGUCGGAAAAUGCAUAAGCGUGGUGUGUGUCCUGCUGGUGCCGUUGCCACGAUGGAAUCGCUGAAGAAGAUGUUCCUCGAUAGUUACCACACGUGUGACAUCCAGUGUCACGAUGACGCGGACUGCGAGGGAAACAUGAAGUGCUGUGGAGCGUGUGGAAACAAGUGUGUCAAGCCAUUUGAUCCUGAAACGUGUUUUGAGAAGAAGGCAAUAAUGGACGUCCACUGGGCCCUGUAUCAGAACAUGUCCACCUACCUGAGUGACGACACCAACAUCAAGAUGGCCAACUCCACCUACCCUCAGGUUCUCAAGGGGGCGAUGUCAUGGUUACGACACAUGCAGGUCAUGUGGCUGCCGAACUGCACGCGAGCCGGUGACUACGAGAGGGUGCAGUGCGAGUACAGUGUAAAGACCAACGACACUGUCAACUGUUUCUGUGUCAACGACGAUGGACUCCGCGUGGACAGGACAGAUGUCAUGCCUCCCAACACACCAGAUUGUUCAGACAAGCCAGGCAUGUGUCCACAGGUUUCCGCUGAUGUGUUCGGUACCUGUCCUCAGGAAUGUGAAAACGACUUCGGCUGCACUGGUUCGCAGAAAUGUUGUUCUAAUGGCUGUGGCCACAUAUGCAUGAAGCCAGUCAAUUUCACGGGGCCAAGUAAAGCUAUGAACAUGAAUGCCAUGCUUGCUAAGCUGUGUAAGGGUAAAGAUCUGUGUAAGUAUGGUUACUGUGCUGCUGACUGGAAGAAAGGAGAUUUGUGCAGGUGUAGCCCUGGCUGGACUGGAGUGACUUGUGACAAACGCCGUACUGGUACGUCAAGUACUGUAUAUCCACUGGCAUAA